UUAAAGAAAUGCCAUCAACAUAAAUUAUUUGAUCAAUAUAGGGAAAUGGUUUUUAUGACUUCCAAUCAUAAUGUGCACAUGAAACUUCUUUGUACAAAACCAGAUGAAAGUGUUGCUCAUGGAAAGCUUUGGAUUGGUCAUUCAUCACCACUUACGUCCAUCAUUGUUAACACAGGACUUAAAUCAUGUAAGUACCAUGGAUUUGAACUGAACUGCCACAGAAAUGGGAAAACCUACACUGACUUCCAGUCCUUUCAGGAUGAUGCAAAGUCAAACCUUGGAAAGAAUUUAUGUGAAUAUAGAGAACAUGAAAAAUCUUACUCUGAUCAGACUGAAGAAAGAAACCUUGAAGAAGAACCCUUUUUCUAUAAGACGGAUAUGAAAGCUUUCCAUACACUCAACCAUGUUCAAAUCCAUGAAGGAAAUCACAGCAUGGUGAAUACCUAUGUAUCUAUACAAUGUGGAAAAGAUUUUACUUCUCUCAAUGAUAUUCAAAAACAUGAAAGAACACACAGUGGAGAAAAAUCCAGUUUAUAUACAGACUGUGGAAAAUCCUUCAAAUCAUUUGAUAGUCAUGAAAGUACCGACAUUGGCAGAAAACCCCAUGUAUGUAAGCAAUGUGGAAAAGCUUUCAGCCAACACAGUCAUUGUCAGAUUCGUGAACGAACUCAAAGUGGUGAGAAGCCCUAUGUAUGUAAGCAAUGUGGGAAAGCUUUCAGCACACGUAGUGAUUGUCAAAAGCAUGAAAGGACUCACACUGGGGAAAAACCCUAUGUAUGCAAGCAAUGUGGGAAGGCUUUUACUUCUCGCUGUUCUUGUGAAAGACAUAAACGAACCCACACUGGGGAAAAACCCUAUGUAUGCAAGCAGUGUGGGAAAGCUUUCAGCACGAAUAGUCAUUGUCGAACACAUGAAAGAAUUCACACUGGUGAGAAACCCUAUGUAUGUAUGCAGUGUGGGAACGCUUUCAGUCAACACACUCAUUGUCAAAUUCAUGAACGAACUCACACUGGGGAGAAACCCUAUGUAUGUAAGCAAUGUGGGAAAGCUUUCAGCACACGUGGUGACUGUCAAAAACAUGAAAGAACACACACUGGGGAGAAACCUUAUGUGUGCAAGCAAUGUGGGAAGGCUUUCACUUCUCACUGUUCUUGUGAAAGACAUAAACGGACUCACACUGGGGAGAAACCAUAUGUAUGUGAGCAAUGUGGGAAGGCUUUCAGCACAAACAGUCACUGUUGA